GCCAUGGCGGCCUUGCCCCGCCACCGCCGCUUCCUCGGCGGCUUCGUCUGCGGGGCCGCGGCCGGGGCCGCCGCGUCCUGCUGGGCUACGUGGCGGCUCCUCCGCAGCCAGAGCCAGACGGAGCCGAGCCCCGGGCGGGCCCCGGCAGAGGAACCAAUAGAAGAGGCUCUGCUGGAAAGAUACGGAUUUCCUGAAGCUGGAACAGAGACCAGAUGUUACACAAAUCAUGCACUGUCUUAUGACCAGGCAAAACGGGUGCCUAGAUGGGUGAUUGAACACAUUUCAAAACAAAAGAUGCUGGGUGAUGCAGAUCGUAGGCACUGUAAAUUCAGGCCAGACCCGAACAUCCCUCUGAUGUUCAGUGCUGUCAAUGAAGACUACCUUGGCAGCGGAUGGUCACGAGGACACAUGGCACCGGCAGGAGAUAACAAAUUUUCAACAAGAGCUAUGGCUGAAACGUUUUAUCUGUCUAACAUUGUGCCUCAGAAUUAUGAAAAUAAUGCUGGGUUUUGGAACAGGAUGGAAAUGUACUGUCGGGAAUUGACUGAGAGAUUUGAAGAUGUUUGGGUUGUUUCUGGACCUCUUACCUUGCCUCAGACAAAUGAUGAUGGAAAGAAGAGUGUUACUUAUCAGGUAAUUGGGAAGGAUGAUGUGGCUGUACCAUCCCACCUGUACAAGGUGAUCCUCGCCAGGCGGAGCAGAACGUCCUCAGAGCCCCUGCUCCUGGGGGCUUUCGUGGUGCCAAACGAUCCCAUAGGCUUCAGCCACCAGCUCACUGACUUCCAAGUCAGCGUUGAAGACCUGGAAAAAAUGUCAGGUUUAGUUUUCUUCCCCCAGGUGGACAAGACCAAAGAUGUUAAAAAUAUCUGUGAGGUGGAUACCUGCAAACUGAUGGGCUUCAAGGAAUUCACGCUGUACAUCACUGCCCGCAAAGUGCAGAGCGCCCGGACGCUGCGGCGGCUGGAGAAAGCCAUGGCAGAGUUACAGGAGGCAGGAGUUGAGCCUGAUGAGUAUCUCCUAAAGCUUUACAAGAAGAAGGAGGAAGAACUGCUGCAGGAAAAGCCAGUAGCAGCUAGAGAGGGGAGAGCUGGCUGAGUAUUCAGGAGGUUGUUUGAGUUUUUGGAAAGGGAAACUGAAGGCAAACACGAAGAUGAGGUCUUGAAUCAUCCUUUUUUGAGAUGUGAAAACAAUAAAGAAAUAUUUGGAAGCUAA